AUGCAGUUCCUCUCAGCAUCGUCGCUGCUGUUGGCAGCCGGGCUCUUCACUUCGGCAGUAGCACACAACAUCCAGCUGCCAGCCCACGGCCGGGAGUGCUUCCAUGAGGUCCUCCACAAGGAUGACAAGAUGACCGUGUCCUUUCAGGUUGGGGACAGGGAAUUCGGCGGCGCAGGAAAUCUGGAGAUCGACUUCUGGAUCACAAACCCAGUUGGCCAGUACGAAGUCUUCGAGAAGUCCACCUCCAACGGCGACCACUCCUUCGAUGCCAAGCACGACGGCAAAUACCUCUACUGCUUUGGCAACGAGCACUGGGGUUCGUCCAGCAAGGAGGUCUCCUUCAAUGUCCACGGCGUUGUCUACGUUUCCGAAUCGGACACGCCUCAGGAUCCCCUCGAGGCUGAAGUGCGCAAACUGUCGGAGAUCCUCGCCCAGGUCAAGGACGAGCAGUCGUACAUUGUCGUCCGAGAGCGCACCCACCGAAACACUGCCGAGAGCACAAACAGCCGGGUCAAGUGGUGGAACGUCUUCAUCAUUGGCGUGGUCAUCGGCGAGUCUGUGUUCCAGGUCUGGUGGCUGAGGAGGUUCUUCGAAGUCAAGAGGGUCGUCUAG